AGCGUUCGGUCUCCUAGCAACGCGCCCGUUGUCGUUUUAACUUUCAACGUUUUGAGACGUUCCCUUCUAACCGUGAGCUUCUCUAUCGUAGAAGUUGUUGUUGUUGUUGUCAUGGCUGUUGUUGUUGUUACUAGUUGUAGUAUAACGUUAUUGUAGCUCGUCGUUACGAGGAGACGGCUAAAGUGGUCACCCCCAGCUCAGGCGGCCAAGGUGCGUGAUGGAGGGGACGCUGUCUCCCUGUCCGCGUGUCUCCGAGUCUCCCGUGGGAUGUUUCUCCGCGGUGGCUCUCCCCCAGAACGCCGGAGUCUCCUGCGGGGAUGUCCCACGGACGUCACAAGGCCGACACGCGUUGCUGGGAACAACAACCACGCACAGACACACACCCUGCGUUGGCUCGCUGCUGCCGCCUCUGACGAUGGAUUUGGAGGUGGAGGUGGAUGGGAAGGAGGUGGAGGAGGAAGAGGAGGAGGAGGGGGUCGUGGUGGGAGUCACCACCGCCAGGGUGGCUGCCGCAGACUUCACUGAGCGACGCUUCCAACCCAAGCUGCAGGUGGCACUCACACAGCCACCUGGAGACUGCCCCAGACGCCUGCAGGUGGAGAGGAGGCGUAGAGAGUUCCAGUCCCAGCGGCUGGAGACUCUGCUGAGUGAGGUUGGCGUGGAGGCGACGACGCCGCUGCUCCCCGUGGCACCCCGUGCGGUGUACAGAGCUAUGAGGGGGGCAGGGAGCGGCGGAUACCCCCCAUUCCUGCCGCUCGAGGUGUUUGACGAUGAGGAGAGUGAAUGUCGAACUCCGGAGGAGUGGCUCUCCCUGGGCCUGGAUUUGGAAUCCGGACUCCGCAAGCCGGUUCCGGCCCGGGCUUUCCUCCCAUUGGACGAGAAGAGAAAAUCCGCGAUGUCUUGGCUGUCCGUGGGGGUGCUGGACUACGACCACUCUACGCGGCUCUACCUGGUGCAGCGUGCCGAUGCCAGCGGCCGUGUCCGCUUGGCCCUCAAGGGUGCCCCCCCCUCCCACCGUGCCUGGUUGCCCCGCGUGUUGGUGGCGUUCCACGCUGAGGACCCUCGCCGCUUUGCCGCUCGUGUCGCACGUGCCGCGUCGGCGCGCCGGGACGCUGAGGCGGCGCUGCUCCACUCCCUCGCGCUCGACUGCGUGCCACCACCACCACCCUCGCCACCACCAUCGGCACCACCACCAUCCUCGCCACCACCAUCCUUGCCACCACCACUCCGCACGGCCGCUGGACUGGGGGUCGCGGCGGAGGGCGGUGGCGGCGGCGGCGGGGAGAUGCGAGCGCGCGUGACGGCACGCGUGGGAGCACUCAUGGGCAGAGCCGGGCUGGAGGGGUGUGUGGAGCGUCUCUGGCUGGAGGUCUCCGUUCAGCACGCCGGGGCGCUGAUCCGCCUCCAGUUCCACCACCUGGUGGCCUCCUCGCCGCAGCGCUACCCCUUCGUCUGCACGCCAACGGCGCCGCCACGACCAGUGGCACCGCUCGCUCACGCAGCAGGCCGAGUGCGUGACCUGCCCCCGUUCCCCUUUGCGGAGCGUCUGGCCGCCUUCCGUUUCCGCUCGCUGCUCACGCACGAGGAGGCUCUGCGGGCUCUGUGCUGCGCCAGCGUCGAGUGUGGACGCCUCUCCACCUCCUCCACCUCCUCCACCUCGUCCACCUCGUCCAUGUGCCUCUUCCACAUCAGCGCGGGCGGCAAGCCACAGCGGCUGGCCGACUUCCAGCAGAUGCACGCGCAGACGCAGGCGCAGGUGCAGCUCUUCCUGUGCGACUCGUGGCUGCCGUCUCUGGCUCAGGCUCUGCGCGGCGCCCUACUGGGCGCUGGCGGCAGCGCUGGCGGCGGCGCUAGCGCCACGCUGGACCCCGGCGAGCGCCGCUGGGACUCGUACCGCCGCUCCAAGCUGCGCCGUCUGCUGGAAGCGGUGCGCCUGCGCAUGCAGUCUGCGCUGCGGCGCCUGGCGCUCGACUCUGUCGGCGCCUUCGCGAAGACGGUGCACGACGCUUGCCAGGGGGUCGGCGGUGGUGGUGGCGGUGGUGGUGGUGGUAGUGCUAGCGGGGCUGUCGGUGUUACCAACGCUACGGUUGACAACGCUGCCGGCACUAGCGACGCUACCAAUGCUACCGGUACCGAUGUUGCCGACGUUGCCGAUGUGGGAGAGGAGCCGGGCGCGUUGGUGUGGGGUCCGGAUCUCAUCAACAGCCCCUACAAGCCUAGGAGAGGCCCUCUGUUCGUGGUGGACUUGGUCAUGGACUCUACUGACGUCCACUUCACCACUCCGCUGGAGCUCUUUGAGCCGACCAUUGUGGAGUUGUUUGACAGCGGCAUCCGCGCCACGCACAGCGUGCCCCAGCUGGAGAAGCUGGUGCUCCAGGACAUGUUCUUUAGCGGCACCCCGUUGCUGGAGUCUGUGGGUCUGCACGAACCGGCCGUGGAGGAGCUGCGCUUGGCGCUGGCCGCGUGCGUCCGCAGGGCGCUGGUGCCGGCACGAGCCUACGCAGACGCCCUGCGGCCACUCCUCGCCCUGCACAACGCCGACCCGGAGCAGCACGCCAGGGAGCACGUGACGGAGGCGAGCACCGUGGAGUCGGUGCGCGCGGAGCUCCGUCGCCUGCGCGCGGAGCUCCGCCGUGUGGAGGCGUCGCUGCCCCCGGCGAUUGUGAUCGGGCCGCUGUGGGUGGGCGUGGAGGAGCUGCGGCGCCAGCUGGUGCGCCGGUGCCAGGCGCUGUCUACCGCUACGCUGGGCGCGCUGGCGCGCACGCUCAGAAGCCAGGCGGACGCGGCUUGCGAGGAGUUCCAGUCCAUCGACCGCAAGGUCCACGAGCGGCCGAGCAGCCUCGAGGAGCUGGCGGAGCAGCGCGAGUGGAUGCAGGGGGUGCCCCUCCUACUCAAGGAUGUCUACGACCGCGUUGUCACGACGACGCCGGCCUAUGAUCUGCUGGAGGAGUUUGGCUACAGCCUCUCCAGUGAGGACUUCAGCGCCAGGUGGAGCGCGCUGGGCUGGCCGCUGCGAGCGACGCGCCGGCUUCAGGAGGUGCAGCAGAAGCAGCAGGUGGAGGAGGAGGAGCGCUUCCGGGCGGUGCAGCAGCACGACCUCAACGCCUUCCACGAGCGCCACGACUCCCUGCAGAUGGCGGUGGCCGGCUUCAGCGCCCACACCGAGGCUUCGCGUGCGCACGAGACGGCCAACGAGGCGCGCCGCCUGGCCAAGCAGCUGCGGGAGUGUCAGCAGCUGGCGCAGCUCUACAACAGCCGCCAGCGCCUGCUGGGACAGCCACUCACCAACUACGACAAGCUGGGCACGGCGGCGCGCGAGUUCCAGCCCCUGUGCGACCUGUGGUCGACCGUGUCGAGCUGGCAGCGCUGGCGCCAGGCCUGGCUGCACGACCCGCUGGCGUCGGUCGACGGCGAGCAGAUGGAGCGCAGCGUCGCUGAGGCCCACCGCACCAUCCUCAAGUGCGCCAAGGCCCUGCGCGACGUGCCAGGCUGCCACGAGGUGGCGUUAGAGGUACGCGCCGAGAUCGAGGAGUUCCGCCCGCUGGUUCCGCUGCUGCGUGCGCUGCGCAACCCCGGGCUACGCGGCCGCCACUGGGAGGAGCUGUCGGGCCGCGUGGGGGUGACGCUGAGGCCCCGGGCCGAGCUCACCUUCACGCGCUGCCUCGAGCUGGGCCUGCGGGAGCACGCAGACACCAUCGCAGCCGUGGCGGACGUGGCCGGGAAGGAGUUCGCUAUUGAGCAGGCGCUGGAGCGGAUGGAGUCUGAGUGGUCGUCGCUGGCGCUGGAGGUGGCUCCCUACCGCUCCACGGGAACCUUCCUGCUCAAGAGCCCCGAGGAGGCGACACUGACGCUGGAGGACCACAUCGUGGCCACUCAGGCCAUGGCCUUCUCGCCACACAGGGGGCCCUGCGAGGGACGCAUCGUCGCCUGGGAGGCCAAGCUGAGGCUCACUCAGGACGUGCUAGACGAGUGGCUGGCGUGCCAGCGCUCGUGGCUCUACCUGGAGCCCAUCUUCAGCUCGGAGGACAUCAACCGGCAGCUGCCGCUGGAGGGGAAGCGCUACCAGACGAUGGAGCGCACGUGGAGGAGGAUCAUGAAGGCAGCUCACGACAAACCACAGGUGAUGUCGCUGUGCCCGGACGCCAGGCUGCUGGAGCAGCUGCGGGAAUGCAGCCGCCUCCUGGAGCAGGUGCAGAAGGGGCUCAGCGAGUACCUGGAGACCAAACGGGCAGCUUUCCCUAGGUUCUACUUCCUGUCUGACGACGAGCUGCUGGAGAUCCUGUCCCAGAGCAAAGACCCCACGGCGGUGCAGCCUCACCUGCGCAAGUGCUUCGAGAACAUCGCCAGUCUGGUGUUCCAGCAGCAGCAGCAGCAGCAGCAGCACGAGUUGCUCAUCACCCACAUGGUGAGUGGCGAGGGUGAGCGCGUGGAGCUGGUGCGCCCGCUGGCGCCGCGUGGCAACGUGGAGGACUGGCUGCUGGAGGUGGAACGCGUCAUGAGGGACAGCGUGCGGGAUGGCGUCGCUCGCUCACUCGCUGCCUACCCCACCACCCCCCGAGGCAGCUGGGUGCUUCAGUGGCCCGGGCAGAUCGUCAUCGCCGGGUGCCAGACGUUCUGGACGCAGGAGGUGACCCGCUCCAUCGAGGACGGGGAGCUCUCCUCCAGGCUCACUCCGCUGCUGGCUGGACAGCUGGCUGAGCUGGUGGCGCUGGUGCGUGGUGAGCUGACUCGCUCCCAGCGUGCCGUGCUCUCCGCACUCAUCGUGGUGGAGGUUCAUGCCCAGGACGUGGUGGGGGCCUUGGUGCGGGAGGACGUCUCCUCCACCAACGACUUUGAGUGGAUCAGCCAACUCAGGUACUACUGGAGCCAGGAGGAUCUGGUUGUGCGGGCCGUGAACGCUGAGUUCCUCUAUGGCUACGAGUACCUGGGGAACUCGGGGCGACUUGUCAUCACCCCACUCACCGAUCGGUGCUACCUGACCCUGACGGGGGCGCUGCACCUCAAGUUUGGCGGUGCCCCGGCCGGCCCGGCGGGCACCGGCAAGACGGAGACCACCAAGGACCUGGGCAAGGCGCUGGCCGUGCAGACGGUCGUCUUCAACUGCUCCGACCAGCUCGACUACUUGGCCAUGGGCAAGCUGCUCAAGGGCCUGGCCAGUGCCGGCGCCUGGGCCUGCUUUGACGAGUUUAACCGGAUCGACGUGGAGGUGCUCUCCGUGGUGGCUCAGCAGAUCACCACCAUCCAGAGGGCGCAGCAACAGCGGGUGUCCCGCUUCAUGUUCGAGGGGGUGGAGAUCCCGCUGGUGACGUCGUGCGCCGUCUUCAUCACCAUGAACCCCGGAUACGCAGGGCGCACCGAGCUGCCCGACAACCUCAAGGCGCUGUUCCGCCCCGUGGCGAUGAUGGUGCCCGACUACGCGAUGAUCGCACGGAUCUCCCUCUACUCGUUCGGCUUCGACGACGCCGGCCUACUGGCCAAGAAGAUCACCACCACGUUCAAGCUGGCGUCGGAGCAGCUCAGCUCACAGGACCACUACGACUUUGGCAUGAGGGCCGUGAAGACGGUGAUCUCCACUGCCGGCAAUCUCAAACGGGAGCAGCCACACAUGGACGAGGAGCUGCUCUGCCUGCGUGCGCUGCGUGACGCCAACGUGCCCAAGUUCCUGGAGGAGGACCUCGCCCUGUUCGAGGGCAUCGUGGCCGACCUGUUCCCCCGCACGCGCCGGGGUCACAACCCCCCCGCCCCCUCCCCCGCCCCAUCCCCCGCCCCCUCCCCCGCCCCCUCCCCCGGCCCCACCCCCUCACCCGGCCCCGCCCCCGGCCCCUCCCCCGCGUCCCACGACGCGCUGGAAGGCGCCUUGAGGGUCGCCUGCCUCUCCAGAGGCCUCCGGGAUGAAGACGGCUUCAUCAGGAAGUGCGGCCAGCUGCACGACACGACGCUGGUGCGGCACGGACUCAUGCUGGUGGGAGUCACCGGGGCCGGCAAGACCCAAUGCUACCGGGUGCUGGCGGAGGCCCUCACGUCCCUGCGGGGGCAGCAGGCGCCGAGUGGCGGCCGCUACGAGGGGGUCACGGUGCACGUGAUGAACCCCAAGUCCAUCAGCAUGGGGCAGCUGUACGGGGAGUUUGACCUGCUCACUCACGAGUGGACGGACGGCAUUCUGUCCUCGCUGAUCCGUGCCGGUGUGGCCGCCGUGGCUGGCGCGGGUGGUGGUGGUGGCGGUGGUGGUGGUGGUGGUGCCGGGCGGUUUUGGUACGUGCUGGAUGGCCCCGUGGACGCCGUGUGGAUAGAGAACAUGAACACGGUGCUGGACGACAACAAGAAGCUCUGCCUCAGCUCGGGGGAGAUCAUCAAACUCACCGAGUCCCAGACGAUGGUGUUCGAGGUGCAGGACCUGGCCGUGGCGUCCCCGGCGACGGUGUCGCGCUGCGGGAUGGUCUACCUGGGCGCCCUGACCCUCACCCUCUCCACCCUCACCGAGGCCUGGCUGGGCAGGCUCGCCGCGCCGGCCAGCGCACUCGUGCCGGCGCUGCGAUCGCUCAUCCAGCGCCUGCUGCCGGACGCGGUGCGCUGGGUGCGUGCCAGUGCGGUGGAGCCGGUGGCCUCUGUGGACGUGAAUCUGGUGGCCGGAUUCCUUCGCAUCCUGGACUGUUUCCUGCAGCCCCUGCAGGUUGCUGCCGGCGGAGGCAGUGGAGGCGGUGGAGGCGGUGGAGGCGGUGGCGUCGGCACCGCCCGGCGUGCUCAGCAGCCCCACCGCCAGCAGCAGCAGCAGGAGGAUGAUGCGGCGGUGGUGGUGGUGGCGCCGCGUCUGCUGGAGGCGUGGGCCGUGUUUGCGUUGGUGUGGAGCGUCGGGGGCAGCUGCGACGCCGCAUCGCGGCCGCGGUUCAGCCGCUGGCUCCGGGACAAGAUGGCCGUAGAGGAGCUGUGUCUCCCGUUCCCGGACGAGGGGCUGGUCUACGACUAUCGUCUUGAUGACGGUGGUUUCAGCAGCGGCGGCCGGGACGAGGAGGAGGGGGAGGGGGGGGUGGACGGGCUGGAGGCGUCGCGUCAUCAGGUGCGAUGGGUGGGAUGGAUGGUGGGGGUGGCGGAGUUCACGGUGGCUCCCGGCACCCCCUUCACUGACAUCGUGGUGCCCACGAUGGACACGCUGAGGAUGACUCACCUCAUUCACCUGCUGCUCACCAAUCACAAGCCGGUACUCUGUGUGGGCCCCACUGGGACCGGCAAGUCCCUGACGCUCUCGUCGCUGCUUCUGGGCGGGAUGCCGCCGGCGUUCGUCACUCACUUCCUCAGCUUCUCGGCGCGCACCACAGCAGCACAGACUCAGGAGUUUGUGGACAGCAAGACAGACAAGCGGCGCAAGGGGGUGUUUGGCCCUGCGCUGGGCAAGCGGCUGGCGCUCUGCGUGGAGGACGUGAACUUGGCGGCGCCCGACGCCUACGGGGCCCAGCCGCCCCUCGAGCUGCUGCGGCAGCUCUUGGACCAGGGGGGGUGGUACGACGUGAGGCGCAUCGGUGAGUUCCGCCAGCUGGUGGACGUGACCCUGGUGUGCUCCAUGGGCCCCCCAGGGGGGGGGCGUCACGUGGUCAGCCCCCGCUUGCUGCGACACUUCCACCUGCUCUCCUUCCCCGAGCUCGACGACGACAGCCGCAGCGCCGUCUUCAGCACCAUCCUGCGGAGCUGGACACGGUCAGAGCCGGCUCUGCUGGAGGUCACGGAGCGGCUGGUGGCCUCCACUCUGUCCGUCUACGCGGCCGUGUCGGCCCAGCUGCUACCCACGCCGGCACGCUGCCACUACACGUUCAACCUGCGCGACCUCUCACGACUCUUCCAGGGCAUGCUCAUGGCGGAUGCCGCCAAGGUCAAGGAUGUGCCGACGCUGCUGGGCCUGUGGCACCACGAGUGUUGCCGCGUCUUCGGCGACCGUCUGGUGAGUGACGCUGACCACCGGUGGCUCGCCGCCCAGCUGGAAGGCCGCGUCGUCGGCGACUUCGGCGUGCCGCUCGCCGCCGCCGUGCCCGGCGAGGAGCCGCACCUCUACGGGGACUUUGCGGCGCCCGGCGGGGAGAGGAGCUACCAGCUGAUGGCAGACUACCAGCGGGUGGUGCAUGUGAUGCAGGAGGCGCAGGAGGAGCUGAGCGCGUCGCGAGCGGUGGCGCCGCUGGUGCUGUUUGAGGCGGCGGUGCGUCACGUGUGCCGCGUGGCGCGCGUCCUGCGCCAGCCCCUGGGCAGCGCCCUGCUGCUCGGGGUGGGGGGCAGCGGGAGGCAGUCGCUCGCUCGCCUCGCCGCCCACAUAUGUGAGUUUGAGUGUGUGCAGAUCGAGCUCACCAGGAGCUACGAUGAUGAUGGUAGUGAUGGUAGUGAUGUUGAUGUUGAUAGUGAUGUUGAUGGUGAUGUUGAUGGUGGUGAUGUAGAUGCGAGUUUGAGUGUGUGCAGAUCGAGCUGACCAGGAGCUACGAUGAUGAUGGUGAUGGUGGUGGUGAUGGUGGUGAUGAUGUUGGUGAUGGUAGUGGUGGUGAUGGUAGUGAUGUUGU